AUGUCCACACCACUGGAGGAUGCGAUGGACACCUUGAUCAGGAUUUUCCAUCACUACUCUGGCAAAGAAGGAGACAGACACAAGCUCAGUAAAAGAGAACUCAAGGAGCUCCUCACCAGUGAGCUCACUGACUUCCUUUCAGGCCAAAAAGAUCCUCUUCUGGUUGAUAAGAUUAUGAAAAAUUUGGACUCCAAUAACGACAAUGAAGUGGAUUUUAAUGAAUUUGUCAUUCUGGUUGCUGCUUUGACUGUGGCAUGUAAUGAUUUCUUUGAAGAACAGCUAAAGAAAGAGGAAUUUAAAAAUGCUUAA